AUGUUAUUAAGUAAUAGGGUACGGACUGGCGCUCGCGCAAAUCUCGCUCUUAUUACAAACCUCCCUCGAGGACCUCGUCUUCGUCGACCUCUUCAUCUAGCUCCACCUUUUCUCCUAGAUGACUAUACUCCUCGGUACCAGUUGCUAUCGGAGGCCGAUGCCGCCAAGAAGCGCGAGCUCGCCCGCGCGCACCUCCGGAACUGUAACCUCUGCCCCCGGCUUUGCGGCGUUAACCGCUACGAGACGACGGGCAUGUGCCUCAUCGGACAUGAUGUCAAGGUAAACGUAAUCGCGCCCCAUUUUGGCGAAGAUCAGAGAGCCGAUUCUAUAAUAUUUAUAAAUCCGGAUAAUCAUGACAUUGCUCAUCAGAGGAAUGGAUUCGACUUGACGCCCGAAGAGCUGGCGCAGUGGUAUAUUAAAUUGCAGGACGUUGGCCAUGUUCAUAAUAUCAAUCUUGUUACUCCUGAGCAUGUGGUGCCGCAAGUGGCUUUGUCCAUAUUACAUGCACGCGAUCUGGGACUAAAUAUCCCUAUAGUUUACAAUACCUCAGCAUUCGACUCGCUCGCAUCACUGGAGCUCAUGGAUGGACUUGUCGAUAUUUAUCUCCCGGACUUCAAGGUAUGGAACAAGACUACGUCUCAACGCCUGCUGAAAACUGAAGACUAUGCCUCCACCGCUGCCGAGAGCAUUAAGGCGAUGCAUGCGCAAGUUGGGGAUUUAUGUUUUACUGGUGACGGUAUAGCGAAGAAAGGCGUGCUGGUCAGACACUUAGUGAUGCCAGGAAAGGAGGCGGAAAGUGAACAAAUCAUGAGAUAUCUAGCGCAGAAUGUUUCGCGAGAUAUCUUCGUCAACAUCAUGGAGCAGUAUAGACCUGAUGCUCACGUUGGGAAACCAAAGAGAAGAACCAAGAAGGAGACGGCUGAAGAGGGAAUUCAAGAGGAGGUCAGAUAUGCGGAUAUCAAUCGACCCGUCACCAAGGAAGAGGUAUCAAUUGUCAGGAAGACCGCAGAGGCUGUGGGACUGUGGCGCUUUUGCGAUCCUCCUCGACACGAUGGCUUUGCUAUAUGA